UUUUGUGGAGAUUGUAGUAAUUUCAACCGAUAGGUCGCGGGUUCGAGUCCCUCGAGGCGGGGUCGUGGAUGGACGCGGCUCGAGUCCCACAACUGGUCGAUUUCCAACAUUUCCACAUAUUAAAUACUAGUAGAUUAUCCAUAUUCAUUUUCAUAAUUUAGAAAGAAUAUUCAUCAAAUGUUUCUCAUCGACCCAGUAAAAUGAACAACUCUACCAAAGUAUCACAAAAGUCUUAUGAUUCUCUUCAGUCAUCAUCAUCAUCAUUAUCAAAUAAGCCAAAAUUAUCCCAAAAAGAAAUUAAUAAAAUUAUUGAACGUUUAACAAAAUAUGAUGAAACAAUUGGACCGCCUGAAUCAAAUAAUGCAAAAAUCUAUUUAGGUUAUGGAAGAUAUGAAUAUCCACAUAGAAAAAAUAUAAAUAAAGUAUUUAAACAUUUAACUAGAACAGAGAUAGAUAAUUUAAUUGAAAGAUUAACUAAUGAAAAAUUACCAAACCUGUCAAGUACUAACUCCUUUACAAAUUCUAUUUCAUAUAUGAAAUGUAACGCUAAUAAAUUACAAGAAAUUAUUGAACAUUUAACAAGUGAUAAUCUAUCUAAACUUCCUAUAGAAUCAACAUUAGCUAGAAAAUAUCUUGAUUUUAAUCGUUAUGAUUAUGGUUGUUCAUUAAAAAGUCAAAUUAGACCAAUAAUGAAAAAAUUAACUAAAAAAGAAAUUCAUCAUGUAAUUGAACGUUUAACCCAAUAUGAUAUUAAUAAAUAUCCACCAGAAUCUAAUGGACAUAUGAUUAAGAAAUGAUGAAGGCGAAGAUUAUUUAUUUAGUUACUAACUUAGUUAUAUUCUACUCAAUUGUAAUACAAAAUCAUUCUAUCA